UAUCUGUGCACUGAAUCAGAAAUGUCAAUAUGUAGCUGUCAAAAUUAUCAAACCAUUGCAAUUUGCAUUCGAUCAGCUGUCGUGUCGAUUUUGAUAAACCAUAUUUUGCGUUCGGGUUCACCUACCAGGAAUAUGUGUGACAAAUGGAGUGGUUUCUGAGUCGGUCGCGUGCAAAUCGGUCACGGUGGUAGUGUUGGGGGGCGGUCUGUGCGGAUGGCGGGUGCGGGGCAGUGCGAGUGACCGGAGCGGGCGCGGCACCGCUGGGUCGCCGAUCGCGCAGGUAUGCGGCGGUAUGGCGGAGGGCACGUCGCGGGGCCUCCGUGUGUACAAGAUCGUGGUGCUCGGCGACGGCGGGGUCGGCAAGUCAGCGGUCACACUACAGUUCGUCAGCCACAGCUUCCUCGACUACCAUGACCCGACUAUAGAAGAUUCAUACCAGCAGCAAGCUGUGAUUGAUGGAGAGCCUGCUUUGUUGGAUAUAUUGGAUACUGCUGGACAGGUGGAGUUCACGGCGAUGCGGGAGCAAUACAUGCGGUGCGGGGAGGGUUUCAUGAUAUGCUACUCGGUGACGGACCGCCGGUCGUUCCGCGCGGCCGCCGAGUACCGCCGGCUGCUGGCGCAGGCGAGGCCGACGGAGAGGCUGCCGCUGGUCCUCGUCGGUAACAAGCUGGAUCUGGCUGUGAGGUUUCGCCAAGUGACGAUAGACGAGGGCAAGGCGCUGGCUACGCAACUUGGGUGUCCGUUCUUCGAGACGUCGGCGGCGCUCCGACACUACGUCGACGACGCCUUCCACGCGCUCGUGAGAGAGAUACGACGACUCGAGAGACAGAGACAGUCAUCCAUACUGGGCACGGGCAUCGCAACGGGCGGCGGGCGGCGGCGCUGGCGGCGUCUGCGCAGCAUAUUCGCGCUCGUGUUCCGCCGCCGCAGGCGCCAUCACUCCACCCCGUGACAUGACGUUGACGUUGACAGAUCUACUUUUUCACAGAACCGCACAACGGCAAAGAUCGCACUACCUCAUACGUUAUAAGUUAAUUUAAUUCUCUCAUUGCCAAAAAGUAUGUAAGUCCACCGUUAAACGUUUUGGUUAUGUUUGAUAGUUAAUUAUUAUUUAAACAGCAAACUUUAUAUACCCGUGAACCUAAAUAGUUGUAAGUUAUCAAGCAUAUGAGCACUUGGUGUCAAAAAUUAAUAUAAAAGUAUCUAAAACAGUUGUUGACACCAAAAGUUAUUAAAAACCCCACAAAUAGAUUAGGCCUAAUAAGUGAAUAACAUUAUUUAUGUAUAUAUGAAUUUAUUUAUUAACAAU